CGUCCCUCCCGCCGUGGCCUCGUCAGCGCUGCCAGCGUGGAGCCGGCCCGUGCUGAGGCGGAAGUUUCCGGUGGGGAGGCGGUGUGCAGCGGUGGCUGCACUGGCUAUGGACGCGACUCUGGAGCAGAUGGUUGACCCUACUCUAGCAGAAAUGGGAAAGAAUCUGAAUGAAGCCAUGAGGAUGCUAGAAGAUAGUCAAAGAAAAGAGGAGGAAAAUGUAAAGAAGUAUGCACGGAAGGAUAUUCCUGGACCUCUGCAAGGCAGUGGCCAGGAUAUGGUGAGCAUACUUCAGUUAGUUCAGAACCUAAUGCAUGGUGAAGAGGAAGAGGAGUCUUCACAGGCCUAUCGACUUCAAAAUGUUGGUGAGCAGGGUCACAUGGCUCUACUGGGACAUAGUUUGGCUGCCUAUAUAUCAGUAUUGGACAAGGAAAGACUGAGGAAGCUCACAACAAGGAUCCUUUCUGAUACUACGCUCUGGCUCUGCAGGCUUUUCAGGUAUGAAAAUGGGUCAGCUUAUUAUCAUGAAGAUGAUCGCGAAGGUCUCCUAAAAAUCUGCCGACUUGUUAUUCACACAUGCUAUGAAGACUAUACAGUAGAAGGAUUUAAUGUGCUAUGUACUAAGCAGCCUGUUAUAUACAUUAGUUCUGCAGCUAGAACAGGCUUGGGCCAAGCUCUCUGCAAUCAGCUAGGGUUACCCCUCUCUUGCAUGUGCCAUGUGCCUUGUAACACUAUGUUUGGAUCUCAGCAUCAAAUGGAUGUUGCUUUGUUGGACAGAUUGAUUAAAGAUGAUGUUGAGUGUGGAAAACUGCCUUUGUUGCUUGUGGCUAAUGCUGGGACGCCAGGUGCUGGGCACACAGAUAAACUUGGGCGGCUGAAGGAACUUUGUGAGCAGUAUAAAAUGUGGCUCCAUGUAGAAGGUGUGAAUUUGGCAACUUUGGCUUUGGGUUAUGUCUCCUCUUCUGUACUGGCGGCCACAAAAUGUGACAGCAUGACUCUUACUCUGGGUUCCUGGCUGGGUCUGCCAGCUGUACCUGCAGUGACACUCUACAGACAUGAGGAUCCUUCUUUGUCCUUAGCAGCUGGGCUGACAUCAAGUCAGCCUGUAGAAAAACUUCGUGCCCUGCCACUGUGGCUCUCUCUGCAGUACUUAGGCCAUGAUGGGAUUGUGGAGAGGAUAAAGCAUGCUUCACAGCUAAGUCAAAGGUUGCUGGAAAACUUGAAAAACCUGGAUUUCAUUAAAACUUCGGUUGAAGAUGAACUGAGUUCACCAGUGGUGGUUUUCAAGUUCUUCCAGAAGCAUUUAAAUAGAGAUCAAACACCACGUGCUGCACAGACCUCAGCUAUUCAGCACCGUGUAAUAAGUAAUGAAGGACACAUUUAUGACACUUUCAAUCAGUGGCUAGGAGAGCAGUUGGCACAGCUCGUUCCUGCCAGUGGGAUUGAUGUGGUAGAAUUGGAAGAUGAAGGCACAUGUGUGCGUUUCAGCCCAUUAAUGACUUCUGCAGUUUUAGGAACUGAAAUACAAGAUGUUGAUCAGUUAGUAGACUGCUUAAAAAUGAAGAUACCAGUAUUGACAAGUACACUGCAACUGAGAGAGGAGUUUGAGCAAGAAGUGAGAAGAACAGUAGGCCUGUUGUAUAUUGAAGAUCUCAGCUGGCCAGGAUUAGGUAUUGUAAGAUACAACUAUCACAGUGAUGGGAAGAAUGAUGACAAUCAAGAAAAAGAAUUGGAAAAAAUUAACACAGAACUUCUGAAAAAAUUAAAUGAGCUGGAGUCGGAUCUCACUUUUUCUCUGGGCCCAGAAUUUGGAGGACAGAAGAACUGCAUUUAUAUUGGCAUGGUAACUGAGGAUCUGGAUGUGUUGGAGUUAGUUGAAACUAUUGCAGCAACAGGCAGAGAAAUUGAAGAAAAUUCAAGAUUGUUGGAGAACAUGACUGAAGUUGUUAGAAAAGGGAUACAGGAAGCACAACUUCAGCUUCAGAAAGCAAAUGAAGAACGACUUCUUGAAGAGGGGCUGCUACGACAAAUACCCGUAGUAGGUUCUGUGCUGAACUGGUUUUCUCCAUUCCAAGCCUCACCAAAAGGAAGAACAUUUAAUCUAACAGCAGGUUCACUAGAAUCCACAGAAUCUACAUAUGUAUCAAAAGCCCAAGGUACAGGUACUACUCCACCACCAACUCCAACUUCCAGCCUCACAAAGCAAAGACAUUCUGGUCAGAAAAUUUUUAAAAGGGGUCUCAGAAAUUCUGAUGCAUUUAAUGAGACCAGUUCAGUUGGCCACUGUGAUGAUCUGGAAAAGCUGGCUCAGAGUCCUGCAACUCUAUCACCUGGCCAAGAGCAGAGACCACUGGAGACAUUAAAAACAGAGCUGCCCAAGGAGGUGCUACAGGCAACAAAUAAAGAUACCGAGGACAUUCAAAGCAGCAAAUCACCAAAUGACUGCACAAAUGUAGAACAAGGAAAUCAAAGAUAAAAACCAGACUCUGGAUUUAAGACUGUCUGCAUAAAUCACAUGCCUCAAAGGGCAGGAUAUUUUAAUGAUGCAUUUAAAAUGUGAACAAUGCCACACACUAAUACAGUAAUAUAAGUACUGUAACUUACUAACUGGGAUUUUGCACACAUAGAAAUUUUCCCCAAGCAGGAAAGACUUGUCUUUGUGUACACUUAGUACAGUUGCUUUAAUCCUGUACAUGUUGGUGUCAACAAAGUUGCAGUGAGAUUUAUUAACUGCCUGCUUGUAAACAUUUGUCAAGAAAAUAGGCAGUUACAGUUCCAAUAAGAUUUCAGGCUUGACAGUAGAUACUGACUCAGCAGCCAUGUAUAAGAUUAAGAAUACAGCUGCACCCAACAACUGUAAAUUGAUCUUAUGUGUAUAUUUUUAAGAAACUGCUUUUUUUAAAACAUUUUUAUAUUAAAUAUUCAGUUUAACCUCUUCAGUAAAACAGCCUAGUCAUGCCAGUUCUACUUUUGCUUUUUUUUUCUUUCAGCACUUUUGUGAAGAACAUUGCCAAGCAGCAGUGGUGCAGUCAGUGUUAGGGAUGGGUGCCUGUGUGUAUAUAUAGCAGUCACUGAUUUGUACUUUGUCAUCACCUAUUUUUUUUCUGUUCAGGUGAGGCCCUGAGUAUAAGAGGACUAAAGUAAGUUACUGAGUUUUAAGCGGUUCAGAAAGAAAUAGUGCCUCUGCAUGCCUAAAUGGCCUCUUGCUUCUACUACUAAAAAGAAUCACCAAUACAUUUUUUUCCUUUGCAUGGCACUGGUAACACAUGUAGUAUCAUUAACUGGACUUUCCUUGUUAUGUAUUUUUAAAGGUAGUUAGAGCAAAGCAUAAAAAAAAAAACCCACUAGAUUUGUGCUGAUUUCAACACUUACUUUUGAAUAACUUCAACUUUCCUAGGGCAGGAGUUGUACAGAUUCAAUGAAAAUAUAUAGUUUAUUUACUCUACAGUGCAAGUUCAUAGUGUCCAGGACUAUGUAAGGCACAAGUUAAGCUUUGGAUACAUCAAAGGCUACAGUGUACAGAUCUUCCCCCCCUGCCCUCACAUGAUUUAGUGCAGUUGCUUUUCUGGAAGUUUCCAGAGCCCCUUGUGGAAGCAACAUCUUUUGGAAAGCUUGCUCUGCAACAAGGUUUUUGGAGAAAAUCUUUCAAUCCCUACAGAGCUAGACACACAAGUACUAUAGUUUGCUUUGGUUUUUUUUUUUGCAAAGGGUGUCAAUUUAAUGGCUAUAAUGGGGGUAGGAUUAACUUUGAUCUGAAAAAUGAAGGGUUUUUUUUUGUUUUUUUUUUUUAAUAGUAACGUCACCUCAUUUGACUUUCAGCAUCAAAAUCCCGUGGGUAGGUUUUGCUCUUGCAGUAACUUAUGUAAAUUAGAGUGCAAUUUUUCUGAAGUGCAAAAACAGUUAAGUUGACUAGUCUUCCUCAGCGAUUUCUUUGGUGCAAUGAAUAAGUUAACAAGAGUAAUUUGUGGGGAAUAAAGUUAUCACCACAAUGAUUAUUUUCUAAUGUUUUUAUAUUUGGAAUUGUUAAACCAGUAGUUUUGGUGGAAUGAGCUUCAUUCUUCAGCUCUUCUUUGAUUGUUUCAAUAAAGAAUCUUCAAAUUA